GAUGAUUCGAAACUGAAUGGGUAAAAGCCGGGUAUUUCUUGCCGAUUAUUUCAGUGUUUGCUCAGACGGCUUCGUUACAACAACAACUCCGACACUGCUAAACCGAUUUUUGAUCCGCACAUGCAUGAAUGAAACUUCCUGUGGAGAGGUGCAGUUUUGAUUUGUAACCGUUUUUGUGUGAGAAACGCUGUGGGAUAGUUAGAACGCAUCAGAGUGUUAUUUUCAGUUAACCAUGCAUUCCCAACUGGCCUGAAGUCGUCAUUGAUACACAAUUUUAACACCCAUUAUAAAAGCACAUCGUAGAAAUUAGGAUGGCGGAACAGAAAAAAGAGUUCCUAUCAUGCCGCUUCGUGCUCAACCUUAUGGUCAUCCUCGGCUUCAUGUUCAACUAUAUGCUGCGCGUCAACGUCACCAUCGCCAUCGUAGAUAUGAUCGAACCAAACCGCACUGCCCUCAACCUGACCGCCAACAGCUCAGUCCUCAAGUCCAGGGUCUCAGAAGAGCGGUUCAACUGGACCGAAUCACAGAAGAACGAUGUUCUCGGCCUCUUCUUCUGGGGCUACGUCCUCACCGAGUUGCCGGGUGGUAGGCUGGCCGAGGUCGUGGGCGCCCGCAGAGUCUUCGGCGGUGGUAUGCUGGCUGCCAGCAUCCUCACCCUCCUGACACCUUUGGUGUGCCACACCAACUUCUAUCUUCUUCUGUUCACCAGGGUGCUGAUGGGCUUCUUCCUGGGCGCCACGUGGCCGGCCAUGCCGCCCAUGGCUGCCAAGUGGAUACCUCCUCUAGAGAGGUCCAAGUUUAUAGCUAACAUGAUGGCCAGUGCUCUAGGUGCAGCCAUCACUCUUCAGGUGAGUGGUUUGAUCAUCAGCUGGAUGGGUUGGGCUGCUGUUUUCUACAUCACCGGCGUGAUUGGGUUGUUGUGGUCGGUGACGUGGUUCUUGGUCAUCUACGAUUCGCCUGCUGAUCAUCCGAGGAUAUCUCCGGAGGAGAGGUUGGAGAUUGAGACUGCUAUCAGAGAAGGGGAUGGUGAUAAGAAUAGGAAACCGACAACUGUGCCUUGGGGAAGGUUGUUGACUUCGCUGCCUGUCUGGGCGAUCAUUGUCACCCAUGGGAUGUCUGUUUUCGGUUACUUCACCAUCUCUAACCAGCUGCCUUCUUACAUGGAGAGGGUGCUUCAUUUCGACAUCAAGAAGAACGGGUUCUUGUCCAGUCUGCCUUAUAUAGGAAAGUACGCCAUGGCUUUGACUUCCAGCUACGUGGCAGAUCGUAUUCUGAGGUCAGGAAAACUUUCAACAACGACCACAAGGAAAUUACUUACAGUAUUUGCCUUGACACCUCCGGCCAUAUUCCUCCUCGUCCUAUUCUUUUACGGUGACAUCCCAGUCUUGGCAGUCGCCUUACUCACAGCUUCCCUGUUCUGCAAUGGAGCAGUGACUGGAGGUUACCUGACGAACGGAUUGGACAUAGCUCCAAACUUCUCUGGCACAAUAAUGGGCGCAGCUAACACCUUAUCUUCAUUUGGAGGAUGGUUGUCAACGAAAAUCGUUGCACUCCUAACUGAAAAGCACAAUACUUUUGAGCAGUGGAGAUGGGUUUUCAUGAUAUUGGUAUUCACGUACGCUUCUGGUGCCGUUUGGUACGCACUAUUCGGAUCUGGUAAUAGGCAAGCAUGGAAUUCGGUCGAAGCUCCUUCAGAAGAUACUCAACAGGAACUGAAACUACUUAAAUCCAAUAAGAAAGAGAACGAGAUAACGAUGAGCUCUUAACGAUACUCUGUGAUAUUUUUUAAAUACAAAAAUGACUUUUGUACAUUGAACCAAAUGGAAUUCUAUGACUAUCAUUGAUAUGUGAUGAAAAAUAUCUGUCGAAUUUAACAAACCCAAAUUUUAGAUCAAGGUAUAAAUUUAAAAAAUGUGAAGAUAUGUUCAAGUGGAAUCUUUAGUACUUAGAAUUAUUUAAAUCGUUGAAAUUCUGGACAAUUCAUACUUCGAAUGAAUUUGGAGUAUUAAGUAUUUAGUAUUCCUUUUACUAUGCUAUGUAUAGGAGAUUCUAUGAUAAUUUUACGCCUAAACAACUCCAUGUCUAUUUAAUAAGUACAGGCUGGUCUUGACUCUAAACAAAAUAUUAUUUUCACCAUGGAUCUCUUAAUCCUAAUAGAAACACAAACGAAAAACAUUCAUAUUUAAAUUUGAAUUUACUAUUCAAAAUUAUUGCUGUUUUCAUCAAUACUAGUGAUAAGCUAAAUGAACACAGGUUAACUGAUUGAUUUCAUGUUCUUUUUUAAUUUAAUUUAAUGUAUUUAAUAUUUGACAUUUGUGCGUUUUUGUACAAUGAAUUUUAGUAAUAAAGAAUUUUUUUUUAA